AUUAUUUACUCUUUAAAUCUAUUUUAAAUUCUUUUUUAAACAAAAAUAAACAUCUAUCUAAAACUUCAAAUCAAAUUAAAUUAGUUGUGAACUUGUGAUGAAGUUUUGCCUAAAAAAAGAAAAGAAAAGAAGAAGGAGAGAUGUAAAAGAAGCCAGUUGAGUCGAGGGUUUCCCCGGAUGCGAUGUACUGUAGUGGCUCACUGGUCAGGGAAAGAAUAUGCCGCAGCUUUACUUGCAGUGCUACAAAACUCACGGUAACUUUCCUUCAAAACUAAAACCCUAACUCACUGAGUGACUCAGUGGAUCAAUCAUCAUCAUCAAUGGAUUUCGUCGAAUUGGAGGCCGUAGAAGGUCUCCGUUGGUCAUGGAAUUCCUGGCCAACAUCCAAAUCGGAACUCAUAAUCCCUCUAACAAUCAUGUGCACUCCAUUAUCCCAACAAGGCACCGACCUACCUCUCCUCCCUUACGAUCCUCUCCUCUGUACCCGAUGCGGCGCCGUUUUAAACCCUUACGCUCGUCUCGAUUACCAAUCACGUAUCUGGCACUGUCCCUUUUGUUCUCAGAGAAACCCUUUCCCUCGUUCCAUCGCCGACGCUAAUCUCCCCGCCGAACUUUUUCCGACUUACACUACCGUUGAGUACUCUUCUACUUCGCCUUUUCACCCUCCCGCUUUUGUGUUUCUAAUCGAUGUUUCUUCUUCUGAAGAUGAUCUUCGUUCGCUUAAGAAUGAGCUCUUGCUUCUUCUUCACCAUUUGCCUGAUAGUGCUCUUGUUGCUUUGAUCACUUUCGAUUCUAUGGUUUAUCUUCACGAUCUUCGAUUUUCUCAUUGUUCAAGGCUCGUUCUCUUACACGGUGAGAGUCAAUUUUCUUCUGAUCAGAUAAGGCAGUUCCUCAACAUUAGUCGUUCCCACCAGCCGCAUAUUGGGCAAACACAGCCUGUGCCAAAGCAGGGGUUUCUGGUUCCAAUUUCAGAAUAUGAGUUCAGCAUCACUGCUGCGAUUGAAGAUAUUCAUUCUACCUACAAAUUCAGGUCCGGUAGCCGACCCCCGAGGUCCACUGGAGCUGCAAUUUCAGCCGCCCUUGGACUUUUAGAAUGUUGUUCUGUAACUACCGGCUCCAGAAUCAUGGUCUUCACUUCUGGACCUGCUACUCUUGGACCUGGUCUAGUUGUAGACUCUGAUUUCAGACAAACUAUGAGAACCCACAGUGAUAUUUUCAAUGGUCAGGUGAGGCAUCAUUUUAAAUCUUGCAGUUUCUACAGACAGAUUGCCAAGAGGCUGUCUGAUGCGUCGGUUGUUCUUGAUCUGUUUGCUUGCUCCCUUGACCAAGUUGGGGCUGCAGAGCUUCGAGAACCCAUUGAGCGCUCGGGUGGAUUUAUGAUUCUUGCCGAAUCCUUUGAAUCUGAUCAAUUCAGGAAAUGUCUAAGACACUUGUUUAAACAUGAUGACGAGGGCUUUUUGAAGAUGAAUUUUGAUGCAACCAUUGAAAUAGUGACCACUAAAGAUGUCAAAAUCUCUGGAGCUCUUGGACCUUGCGUGUCUCUUAAGAAAAAGAAUGCAUCAGUGAGUGAGACCGAGAUUGGACAAGGUGGUACCUACAUGUGGAAGUUAAACACACUCACUGACCGAACUUGCAUUGCUUUUUUCUUCCAAGUGAGUGAUGAUCAGAAAAUGCAGCCCAGCUCUGCAUUUUUAAUUCAGUUUAUAACACGGUACAGGCAGGGGAACAUGGGACACCGAAAAAGAGUCACCACUGCUGCUAGAAGAUGGGUUGCGAAUCAUUCCACAGAUAUAGCUGCCGGGUUUGAUCAAGAAGCAGCAGCUUCGGUUAUGGCACGACUUGCCAUUCUCCGAGCAGAGACAUGCCAUGCUCGCGAUGUCAUUAGAUGGCUUGAUGACACACUUAUUCGUUUUACCUCUAAGUUUGGGGACUACGUGCCAGAAGAUCCUUCUACCUUCCGCUUAUCUUCCAACUUUUCCCUUUAUCCUCAGUUUAUGUUCCACUUAAGGAGAUCCCAGUUUAUUGAUGUCUCUAACACUACUCCUGAUGAGACUGCAUAUUUCCGGCUUAUGCUGAACCGUGAGGGAGUAGUCGGCUCCCUUAUAAUGAUUCAACCUACACUUUUCCAAUAUUCAUUUGAUGGGCCACCUGUUCCAGUACUUCUAGAUAUUCGUUCUAUUUGCCCUGAUUCUAUCUUGCUCUUUGAUUCUUUUUUCCUUGUGGUGAUUCAUUAUGGGUCCAAGAUUGCUCAGUGGAAGAAGCUUGGUUAUGAUAAGGACCAGGAUCAUGAGAACUUUAGAAAGCUGUUGGAAGCCCCAGAACUGGAUGCAGAGCAAUUGGUGACUGAACGGGUUCCAGUGCCAAAGAUGAUAAGAUGUGACCAGCAUAGUAGUCAGGCUAGGUUUCUUCUCGCCAAGUUGAAUCCAUCUGUUACUCAAAAUUCAACAUACACGGAUGGUUCGGAUAUCAUCUUUACCGAUGACUUGAGCUUGCAAGUAUUUCUAGAUCAAUUGCAGAUACUAGCAGUGCAAGGCUGAUAAGGAAGAACUUCUUAAUUAAGGACUGUCUUUAUGAUGGUCACAUGAAAAAGAUGAGAAAUUUGUAAGUAGUUAUCAAAGAAGAGGUUACAUGUUUUCAGCGGAUUGUUUUACUUUUUUUUACUAGAUGUAAAAUAGCUGCUUUCUAGAGUGUGAUUAGAUUAUGAUUGUCUAUUAGAAUAGUUUUGAAGAUGUAGAUUCCUGCAUAAGGUUAUUACUAUUGAGCUGACUAUAAACUGUAUCAUCCAUCACUUUGUUGUCUAUACUGUAAAUAUCACUUCAUGCUGUCAAAUGAAAGAUAGAGCUAUUUUCUGUAUCA